GUUAAUAUUUUCCUGUUAUGUCUUCUUCUUUAUUACUUUGAUUUUCCAUUUCCCGUUGACUCUGCAUACUACUUUCAUUUUUUAUCUACAUUACUAGUUGAAUAAUGACCAUGAGCCAAGAAGAUGAAUUUCCAUUAAAGGAGCAAUUUCACAAAGUCAAGAACAAAAGAAAAAUAGAAUCUUUGAACUAAUUUUGAAGCCAUAUUACUGGUUCAGAAUGCUAUGUGAUGAACUCCAUUGGAGUUUUGUGUCUGGUGUGGUUAUUAUUUAUGGUAUUAAUCAAGGAAUGAGUUUAGGGUUAAGUAAGAUUAGUACUCAGUAUUAUAUGAAGGAUGCCUUCUGAUGCUCAAAUUUAUGCUGGAAUAAUUCAAAUUCCUUGGAUUGUGAAACCUCUUUAGGGGCUUUUAACAGAUACUCUUCCAAUUAUUGGAUAUAGAAGGAGGCCAUACUUUAUUCUUGCUGGUCUGUUUGGUGCUUUUUCCAUGCUCAGUCUGUCACUCAAGCACAAAUUACAACUUGCAUCUGCUUUGUUGUGUCUAACGGGAGCCAGUGCAGCACAAGCAGUAGCAGAUGUUACUAUUGAUGCCUGUGUGACAGAGAACAGCAUAAGCCACCCUUCUCUUGCCAGUGACAUGCAAAGCUUGUGUGGAGUGAGCUCUUCAGUGGGGCAACUGAUUGGGUUCACUAUCGGUGGCUUUUUGGUUCAUCUAAUUGGAUCUAAGGGGGUGUUUGGAAUUUUAAGCAUUCCAGCUGCUCUGGUCAUUUUGGUAGGAAUGAUGCUGCAUGAACCCUUUAUACACGAUGUUGCAUACAGGCAGGUAAGUCAAAAGUUCUUGGCUGCUUGUAAGGCUAUGUGGAUGGCACUAAAAUGCGAGAAUGUGUGGAGGCCAUGUCUAUACAUGUACAUUUCUCUAGCAUUGAGUUUGCAUAAUCACGAGGGAAUGUUUUACUGGUAUACAGAUGCAAAGGGUGGCCCAUUGUUCUCAAAGGAGAUUGUAGGGACCAUAUCCUCUGUCGGUGCAGUAGGAUAUCUUCUUGGAGUUCUCCUUUACCAGAAUGCUUUUAGGAACCAUCCUUUUCGUUUCGUACUUUUUUGGUCUCAGCUAUUAUAUGGUGCUUCACGACUGCUUGAUUUAAUAUUGGUCUCACGAGUAAACUUGCAGUUUGGCAUCCCUGAUUAUGUUGUUGCUGUAAGCGAUGCAGCAAUUUCUCAUAUGAUUGGGCGUCUCAGAUGGAUGCCUCUUAUUGUACUCAGUUCAAAACUUUGCCCUUCUGGCAUUGAAGGAACUUUCUUCGCGUUGCUAAUGUCAAUUGAUCAUGUUGGCAGUCUCACAGCAUCCUGGGCUGGAGGCCUGUUACUUCACACCUUGAAUGUCACAAGAACUCAAUAUGACAGCCUCUGGAUAGCAAUAGUGAUCCGGAGCUUUUCGAGAGACCUUCCAAUUGGCAUUCUGUUUUUGGUGCCAAACAGUGAUCCCAACGCUUCUAUUCUACCAACUGAGAUGUUAAAGACAAAAAAGAGUGACGAUAACUCAAAAAAGGGCGAAGAGGACUUUUGGACAUUCAAAAACUGGAGAUGGCUCCACUGGUAACCAAUGUCGAUCACGUGGAUUCAUGAGUACAAUGACAGGGAAAACACACUCCCAUCAUUCUGGUGUCACCAUGUGUUUUGUCCCUCAGCUGCUACUUUCUUAGCAGCAUUACAGAGAUUGUACAAGAAAGAUGGAUCUACAGAGAUUGCAGACCAAGCAAAAUUAUAUUUAUCUGGCUUGCCAGUGCUAAACAGACCUGAGAUGCAUCAUUCUUCACAAAAUAGAAAACCCCAGCAACAUCAACUUCCAUCUGAGCAUCGCCC